CAUCCGGUUCUCAUCCCCAGGCUUCGGAACUCGGAAGCCAUACCAUACACACACCUCAGCCCCCCACAUAUACAAGAAGACCGAUGACUGGAGUCGCCGGAGUUCCGUCGCCGGCGAUCAAAGUAGCAGCACUUUGUGGCUCGCUGCGGAAAGGUUCAUUCCACCGAGGCCUUAUUCGUUCUGCAAUCGAGCUGAGCAAAGGAGACAUUGAAGGCAUGGAAAUCGAGUACAUCGAUAUUUCUCCCCUUCCUAUGCUCAACACUGAUCUUGAGAGUGACGGAACUUAUCCCCCUGAGGUGGAAGCUUUUCGCCGCAAGAUUCUCGCCGCCGAUAGUGUUCUUUUCGCUUCGCCGGAGUAUAAUUACUCUCUCACAGCUCCACUGAAGAAUGCAAUUGACUGGGCAUCAAGACCACCAAAUGUGUGGGCAGGCAAAGCCGCGGCCAUCGUAAGCACAGGAGGAAGUAGUGGAGGAGCAAAAGCGCAGUAUCAUCUUCGCCAAGUGGGAGUGUUCAUUGAUCUUCAUUUCAUAAACAAGCCUGAGUUCUUCCUCAGUGCUUUCCAGCCUCCUGCAAAGUUCAAUGCUGAUGGCGAUCUGAUUGAUGAAGAAGCCAAAAUUAAGCUCAAGAAGCUUCUUCUUUCUCUGCAGGAAUUUACUCUAAGACUUCAAGGCAAAGCCUGAUCAGCUUGAACCCUCGCAAAUACUGAAGAUUAUAGAAUCAUAAGGUGUGGAUUUCAGAUUCUCCAUCACAUUAUUGUUUGUAUUUUUGGAAUUUUUCCCUUAUAUUGCUUUGUAAUUUUUGUCCGAGGUUUAUUAUUUGACAUGAUGAGUGAAAUGAUUCUGUUGCUAAAAUUAAAAAUAAAAAAGUUUCUGUUGAAUAAUACUGAUCGAUUAACAUA